AUGAGCGAGCGAGCACGGGCUGCGCAGAGCUCUGAUAAGCAGGGACGCCAAAUCCUCAGUCCCAGUGGCCUUGGGAGCUGUGCCCCUCCGGAUCUGGGAGUUGGGGCUUCAUCCUGCCUGGGAAGGGCAGGCCCUGGAGUGGGAGGGGAGCCUGGGGCAGGGCUGGGGGCAGCUUCAGCUGCAGGACUGAGGCCCAUCGGGGCUUCUGCCUGCCUGCGCUCCCAGGACCCAGGCUCAGAGGGGGACGUUUCAGUCUCGGACACAUUUCUGGACUUGGAUAGUCCCGGAGUGGCCGGACCCGCAGUGGCGGGGGGAAGCCGCCUGGCCAAAGGGAAGGCCGAGGAGAGGGGAGGAGACGAUGAAUGGGGUCAGAUCAGCGAUUGGAGCCGAGAACUGGAACCCCGCGAGCAGGGGGUGGAGCCGCCGCCAGUGGAGGCGGAGGAGUCAGAGGAGGCGGAGACGGCCGAGCGGGCGGCUGAAGCGGAGAGGAAGGUGGAGGUGGAGGUGGAGGCUGAGGCGCAGGCGGCGGGGAAGGUGGAGGCGUCCGCGAAGGUGGAGACGUUCGCGAAGGUGGACGCGGCGGAGGAGGUGGAGGCGGCCGGCACGGUGGACGCAUCCACCGCAGCCGCCGCCGCCGCCGCCGCCGCCAGUAAAGUGGAGGCGUUGGAGGGGCCGGGCUGCCGGGUGGAGCUCAAGCUGGAGCCCGACCCCGAGCCGGUGCGGGAGGCGCAGCCGGAGCCCCAGAGGGAGCCCGAGAAACCGGAGCCAGAGGAUGAGAAGCCCGCACCGAGCGACGGCGGAGGCGGCAGCGAAGAGGUGCCUCUCCCCAGCCUCCCCUCGGAACCCCCGCGGCCCCCCGAUCCUUCCCCGCGGCGCAGUCGUGCUCCCCGCCGCCGACCCCGGCCACGGCCGCAGACCCGCCUCCGAACCCCGCCGCAGCCUAGGCCCCGGCCCCCGCCCCGGCCCCGGCCCCGGCGCGGCCCUGGGGGCGGAUGCCUGGAUGUGGAUUUCACUGUGGGGCCACCGGGCUGCUCCCACGUGAACACUUUCAAGGUAGGAGAAAACUGGAGGCAGGAGCUGCGGGUGAUCUACCAGUGCUUCGUGUGGUGUGGCACCCCAGAGACCAGGAAAAGCAAAGCCAAGUCGUGCGUCUGCCAUGUGUGUGGUACCCAUCUGAACCGGCUCCACUCCUGCCUUACCUGUGUCUUCUUCGGCUGUUUCACUGAGAAGCACAUCCAUGAGCACGCCGAGACGAAACAGCACAACUUGGCCGUCGACCUGUACUACGGAGGCAUCUACUGCUUCAUGUGUAAGGACUAUGUCUAUGACAAAGACAUUGAGCAAAUUGCCAAAGAGGAACAAGGGGAGGCUUUGAAACUGCAGGCCUCCACCUCCACCGAGGUGGCUCACCAGCAGUGUUUGGGGCCGGGCCUCGGGGAGAAAUACCCGACCUGGGAGACCACCAAACCCGAGUUGGAACUGCUGGGCCACAACCCCAGGAGGAGGAGGAUCCCCUCCAGCUUCACCAUCGGUUUGAGGGGACUCAUUAAUCUGGGUAACACUUGCUUCAUGAAUUGCAUCGUCCAGGCCCUGACUCACACUCCCAUCCUCAGAGAUUUCUUCCUCUCCGACCGGCACCGCUGUGAAAUGCCCAGCCCUGAGUUGUGCCUGGUCUGCGAGAUGUCGUCUCUCUUUCGCGAGUUGUACUCUGGCAACCCAUCGCCGCAUGUCCCCUACAAGUUACUGCACCUGGUGUGGAUCCAUGCCCGUCACCUGGCUGGUUACCGGCAGCAGGACGCCCACGAGUUCCUCAUCGCUGCCCUUGAUGUCCUGCACCGGCACUGCAAAGGGGACGAGGCCAGCAACCCCAACCACUGUAACUGCAUCAUUGACCAAAUUUUCACCGGGGGUCUGCAGUCUGAUGUCACCUGUCAGGCCUGCCACGGUGUCUCCACCACCAUAGACCCGUGCUGGGACAUCAGCUUGGACUUGCCUGGCUCUUGCACCUCCUUCUGGCCUCUGAGCCCAGGGAGGGAGAGCAGUGUGAAUGGGGAGAGCCACCUCCCAGGAACCCCCACGCUCACGGACUGCUUGCGGAGGUUUACCCGGCCCGAGCAUUUGGGGAGCAGUGCCAAAAUCAAGUGUGGUAGUUGCCAGAGCUAUCAGGAGUCCACCAAACAGCUCACCAUGAAGAAGUUACCAGUCGUUGCCUGUUUCCACUUCAAGCGGUUUGAACACUCAGCCAAACAGAGGCGCAAGAUCACUACCUACAUCUCCUUCCCGCUGGAGCUGGACAUGACACCAUUCAUGGCCUCGAGUAAAGAGAGCAGGGUGAAUGGACAGUUGCAGCUGCCGGCCAGUAGUGGAAACAAUGAGAAUAAGUAUUCCUUGUUCGCCGUGGUUAAUCACCAAGGAACCUUGGAGAGCGGCCACUACACCAGCUUCAUCCGGCACCACAAGGACCAGUGGUUCAAGUGUGAUGAUGCUGUCAUCACCAAGGCCAGUAUUAAGGAUGUGCUGGACAGUGAAGGGUAUUUACUGUUCUAUCACAAGCAGGUCCUGGAACACGAGUCAGAAAAAGUGAAAGACAUGAACACUCAAGCCUACUGAAGGGACACACAGACCUACCUGGAUCGGACAUGGACAACACCCGGACUUAACAACUGGCAUCGAGGAUGAAUUAAGGACCUACUUGCCUGGCCCCUGGGGGCUUGACAAUAAGAACUGAACAGUACCCAGUGUCUCAGAGGUCCUGAUUGGAAGGAACUGGAAGGGACAGGAAAAGAGGCUCUAGUCUGAGUAGUCGCUUAAAGGAAGGUUCCAUAGAGGGAAUGCCCAGGGUGAGGAAGGCAGUACUGACACUGGUACAUAUCCUAUAUCCCUCCAAAAGAUUGUGUGGGGAAAGUGUGGGGUGGGAGGGGGGUGGCGUGGGGGGUAUGUGUGCCCUUGUAACCGUAAAACAUCUUUCUCCAUGGGUAUUUUCAGCUUCAACUGACCAAUCACAUAACAGUUAUAUGUUGGGGUGGGGGGAGGGAGAGCAAAAGUUAAGACAAAUGGAACCCGUGAUAUAUAUGGGUUGGAAAGCAGAGAAUUGGAGGAGGCAAGGAUAUCUCAUCGACAAACACCUUUGCCAGUUUCUUUGUAUUUGUGAUUUUUUGUGCUCUUAAACACAGUGUUAAACAGAGAGCAAGAGAGAAGCCCAGGCGGGCUAAUCAGUGGAGGAAGAAGGGGGCUUGUAUAAGGGGAGCGACUGCUCCAGCCACAGAGAAGACAAAUAAUGUAAGAUAAGCAACUGACACAGACAAGCCUCAGCUGAAAGUAUAGCGUGUGAGUGUUGUUGUUACUAUUGUUGUUGUUGUUUUUUUAAACGCUGUACGAUAUACUUGAGCAAAUCAAUGAACCUCUUUGCAAUUGUUUUUCUCAUCUGUAUAAUGCAGACAAUUCCUACUGUAAAGGGUGAUUGUUACAGAUUACAUGCUAUAAAAAACGUGUCAAAGUAAAAGACUUGGACAUUU